UGCUACGUCCCGUGUACUUCUCCUCGCUUCUAGAGAGAGAUUCUGAGUGUGAGUGUGAGUGUGAGUGUGAGAGUAAAAAGCUGCUCUUUUCCGUUGGGGAAAGUGAGAAAAAAAAUGGGACUAAUAAACAGGGGAGUUCUGCUGGCGGCAAUGGCGCUGUUGUUUGCGACGGCAAUGCUGCCGGAGGCGGCGGCGGUGCGUUACAUAGUUGGCGGCAACAAGGGCUGGACCCAAGGUGUCAAUUACACGAUUUGGGCUCAGGAUAAGAAGUUCUACCAUGACGAUUGGCUCUUCUUUGUAUAUGAUAGGAACCAAAUGAAUGUUCUUGAGGUGAACAAGACCGAUUACGAGAGCUGCAACACCGACCACCCACUCCACAACUGGACCACCGGUGCAGGGAGGGACGUCGUCCCUCUCAACGUGACCAAGACGUUCUACUUCGUCAGCGGGAAGGGGUACUGCUACGGGGGCAUGAAGGUUGCCAUUCACGUCGAGAAAGGUGCUCCCCCGCCAGCAGUCUCCGCAGUUAAGAGCAAUUCUCCGCUUAGCUUGCCAUCCGCCCUCAGAAGCUCGGUUUUCAUCCCGGCCGUUUUCGCUGCUGCAGCUGCCUGGGAUUCACUUCUGAUGCUCUUGUAGAUGCUUUCUUGAGCUGGAUCUGUCAUUGAUGCACUUAUUUAACCCAAAUUGUGAAGAAUUAUUGAGUUUGUUGUAUUGUUUUGUUAGCUUUUUUUCUUUUCUUUUCUUAUCCUUCAUUAUUUAUCCACCAAAUAUGAACUCAUGAGUUCAUAUUCAUAUCAAGAUUAAUGAGGUGUGUAGAAAGUGUUGAAAGCUUUUAGUUUGUUCAACAACUUUGAAAGCUAAAUCUCUGUUUUGGGGACUUCAAAAGUGCUUGUAUUUUACUAUUUUUCCAUAAUUUGUGUUUUUGAUUCCUUCAAA